GUGAUGGCUUUGAAGAAGAGUGUGUGUGACACUGUGAACGUGGCUAUAGUGGAGUUGAGAGAGAGAACGCAUGAAAAUUUGUAGUGGGUUUUGGUUUAGGAGUUGGGUUUAGAAUCUUGUUCGGAAUUGUGAGAGAGUUAUGUACAUAGCUUCCAUGGGAAGGUCUUUCAAGGACUCUCUGAAACUGCUUGAAGCUGAUAUUCACCAUGCCAAUACCCUGGCAUCAGAUUUUCCAAGGGAAUAUGACGGUGCAUGCCUUCAAAUGAGAAUGUCAUACAGUAUGGCAGCACACCUAUUUCUCUUUUUGGUACAAUGGACAGAUUGCAAUCUUGCCGGGGCCCUAGGAUUGUUAAGAAUCCUAAUAUACAAGGUUUAUGUAGAUGGGACAACUACCAUGUCUACCCAUGAAAGGAAAGCAAGUAUUAGAGAAUUCUAUGCGGUCAUAUAUCCCUCAUUGUUGCAACUGCAAAAAGGUGUAACUGAUACAGAGGACAAAAAACAGAAGGCUGUAUGCUUGGAGAGGUAUCGGAAAAGAGAUGAAGAUGAGCACAGGCAGCCUUCGGAUAUAGACAUUGAAAGGGAAGAGGAAUGUGGAAUAUGCAUGGAGAUGAACAGUAAGAUUGUGUUACCCGACUGCAACCAUGUCAUGUGCCUGAAAUGUUACCACGAAUGAUUUUGGAUUUGCUCAGUUUGCUUCGACCAUAAUUGUUUGACGAUGUUAAGUAAUGGUUUCUUCCAUAGCAGCCUUUGCAAGUAGUGUAAUAGAAUAGCAGAGCUUCCACAUAAUUUCCUUCAUAUUGAGCUGACCUCUGUUAUGGUUGUCAUUUGGUUCAAAGAACCUCUGCCCGAACCUUACUUGAGAUUUUCAUCUCAUUUGACUCCCCCGUUUUGGUGUAAUGAUAAAAAUACACAACCUAAAAAAAGAUUGCAGUAUUCCAUUAUCUGCUGAGCAAAGCUACUGUUUUUACGAUAAAUUUUUAGCCAACCUUCUUUGAAAAAUUAUUUCUUUUAUUAUCCCUAUUUCUGGAUACACAAUAAAUAUCUAGAAUCAAUCUGACCACCAGUGACCUGGUUUUAGAAUUCUGUGUCUGCGGAUGUGAUGCCAUAACAGGCACUAUAUGCAUUUGUAUGUGUCUGUAUAUAGGUAGGGAUUUUCAAUUCUCAUUAUUCUGUUAUUGCUCUUAAUAUAAGUAUUCAAUUAAAAAGUAGCAGAUAUGGGAAUGAAUUAAAGAGAAGUUGGUUGCAGCUGUUAUGUCUAUAAUAGGUAGCUGUGAAAGCUGGUUAUAUUCUAUAUUCAUAGUUUCUUAGUUUAUGAUGUAUUGAUAUAUCAGAAGUGAUGUAUUUGUAUCGUAUUCAUAACUGAUACUAAUACUAAUAUAGUAAACUUGAAUUUGCAUUGUUAGUAUGCAUGUAGCCCUCAGAGUACUGGUCAACCUAAAAGUUAUUACGCAGGAACUUGGAAGAGGGAAAGUGCACUAGUAUAAGUUGGGACCGGAUGAUCAUGUUGAAUUUAGGAGGAGAUAUACAAUGAAGUUGCUAAAUGUAGAAGAAAAAUUUUCAGUGAGGUUUUAGAGAACGGAAAUGGUUCUUUGAGUAUGCUAAGAGUAAAUGAAUGGACUUCCUAUGAAUAUUAAAUUCAUUUUAAUAUGUGAUACAUGUACUGUGCGUUCAAACAGAUUAGGUGUGAAUAAAUUUUAUUUUAGUUAUGAAUGUACACAUUUUAAUUAUUUAUACUGUCAUACUGGUAUCUUUUUUUAAAGAAAGGCUACCUCUGUCUUUGUACUGCAUCAGAUACUCAUAUUUGGUUCUAUACAAGCUAAGACCCCAACCAAUUAGUUCUACAGUCCACUAGACUAUUGUGAUAGGUAGAAUUAAAGAGCGAAAAUGUUGAAGACACCAAAAGGUGCAAAGGCAUUGUAUGGAAAGGGUCCAAUACCUUCUUCUAUGAGGUUCAGCUACUUGAAUUUAAGGGUGAUUAUGCCUCAUAGCAAAGGUGCUCUUAGCAAUUACUUGAUUUAAGACAUUGUAUUUGGCAAAACUCAGCCGUUAAAAACUUUCAGGUUUUAAUUUCAAAAUGUUGGCCACCACUUGAACUAACAGGCACAUUCACUCAUUUUUUUUUUUAUGUUUUUCUAUUCUUCUGUAUGCAUGCUUAUAUUUUAUGUGAUAGUUUAACACUUAUUUAUCUUUUUGAUUUAAAAUGUUUUUUUACACGUGGCAGAUUAAUGUUAUUAUUAUUUAUUUUGUAUCUCACUGUCCCAUAGAUGUGCAUUUUUUGGUGUCUGCAAGUUUUUACUGUUACCUUUUGAUUAGUUUUUUAAAGAACUUUAUGAUUUCAAUAUUGCAUUAGCUAUGGUAAACAUCAAUAGUUGUAAAAAUAGUGCUAGGUUACGUGUUUAUGGACUACUGCCUUUUUACCAAAUAUUACAUGGUCCUGUAUUCUCUGCAUUUCUUCAGGUGAAGAAGUUAAUUUUGUAUGCUAUGGUUUUUCGACAGUUUUUUCCUAUUUGGAUGUUUCAUGGGAUAGGAGGGUGGACCCUGAUUUCUAAUUCCAGUUAUCCACAAGUAUUAUAUUUUUUCUUCUGAUAUGUUGCUGGUGCUGAAAUUGGUGGGAAAAUGUAAUGUAUUAUGUUUUGAAUAAAAAUGAAAUGGGUCUCUGUAUUGUGCCUAACUGGGAAGCCAUCCAAGUAAUAUACAUGUAUCUUGCACCUUGCGCUUUAGGGAUAAUUUGUUUUUUUUUUUAAUUGCUUUAGGGAAACAUUUUUGUGAAACCUUCAAUGUUGUAUUUUAGUAUCAAGUCAGAGCAACAAACUUCAAGGGAAAAGGGACUAAAGUUGUAUUAUAGAAGGAAAAGAAAGGGGUAAAAGGGUAGCAACAGGAGGUUUGGAGAGUUAGUUAGUUCAGUUUUCUCUAUAAGUAAAACUCCUUUAGGUAGAGAGGGGACUAUUGUUGUAAAACUGGACUGAUUCCAGUGGAAAGGAGUAGUCUCCUUUGGAAGAGUAGUUGUAUACCUUGGUUCUUGGCUUGUAACGAGUUUUCAGUAAUAAAGAGAGGAGGUUAAGAAUCUUUUUGUGUACUGUUGUUUUUUUGUUAGGCUUUAACCUUUUCAAUUCUGAAAAGAGGAUUCAAAGAUUGUGGUAACUUGAUUGUUCAACGAGUGCCUUUCAUGUGCUGAAGUAAAUUCAUUAAACUCUUCAUAUGGAUUGAAAGUGAAUUCGUACCAGGCACAUCUAGGAAUCUGGUUUAGUGUUUGGGAGAUCUUCUAAGAGUGUUCAGUCACGAGGUGUUUUAUUUGCAACUGAAAAAAGUGCAUAGGGAAGUGUUAUGUCCCCCAUUUACAGCCAAUCAUAUAUACAACAAACAAGCUUUACACUGGUCAGUGACAAUCAUUGCUAUCUCAUACCUUAGUCAAAACUUUUGAUGCAAGAAAGAAGCAAGCAUCAAGUUUUACAAACCCGAAGACUGAUUUGAUUGAUUUAGUGAAAUUGAGCUGAAAUUCGGAGAAAGAGUUCUCCUUCUCAUCCAAAGAUUUCUCCUUUCACCACACCUUAGAUUAUGUAUGGUUCUUCCAAUCCUCUUUUAAUUUUUAUGGUGUGACAUGACUUUCUCUCGUUAAUUCUUUAACCAAAUCUCCAUACUUGUGGUCAGAUUCUCAUUUAGGCCUUGUUGACUUGAAGAGAUUUGGGAGAGAGUAAUUGAGGGGAUUUGAAGAUAAAUUUUUUUGUUGUUUAUUUGAGUGAAUUUGGAGGUAAGUGAGAAUGAAUUUGGAAGUGAAAUUUGUGAGAAUUAGUGCAGGAUUUGAUUGACGUGACAAAUUAAAAAAAUUUACUUUCAAAUUCAUCCUCAUUUACCUCCAAAUUCACUCAAAUAAACAACAAAAAAAUUUCUCUUCAAAUUCUCUCAAAUCCCCUCAAUUACUCUCCUUCAAAUUCAUUCAAGUAAAUAAGGUCUUAAUGUUUGUACAUCGUGUCUAACUACACGAAAUUUUAUUUUACAUCAUUUUACCUGCCAGUACGUGCUUUGGUUGAGUGUUCUGUUGUUCAGUUCAAAAUUACAUCAUUGUAUUUGCGAUGU